AUGAACGGUCAGACUGUCGAUGAUUCCUACUGCGGUGACUCGCUCAUGGGCGUGGCCAUCGCCAUUGCUGUUGUCCAGAUCGUGAUUGUGGCCGCUCGAUUCUACACACGAUACAUGCAGAGAGUGGCAUGCGCUCUGGAUGACUAUCUAAUCGUGCCAGCCCUGGUGGCGAGUCUUGGGCAAUCGGCCUUAUAUAUUGUUUUGCUCAAGGUUGCGGGUCUGGGAUAUCACAUGGAGUAUGUCUUGCAGACACCACAAAAAUUGGUUUCCCUGGAAAAGGGAUUGUAUGUAAACCAAAUCAUCGAUUUUCCGUUUACCGUAACGCCAGCAAAGAUAUCAGUCCUCCUAUUUUACGUCCGCAUUUUCAAUACCUUCAAGUUCCGAAUGUUUGCCUAUGCCGUUGGCUUUAUCGUCCUUGGUCACGGCAUUGGUGUUCUCUUUGCCGCCAUCUUCCAAUGCUCUCCGAUCGCAUAUACCUGGGAUACGACCAUCCCAGGGGGAACAUGCUUUGAUCAGCAAGCGUUCUACCGAUAUGUCUCGCCCCCGAACAUUCUAACCGACGUUUUGAUUCUCGUGAUGCCUCUGCCGUUUGUCUGGAAGCUCCAUACUCCGAUGGGACAAAAGUUGGCGUUGACAGGGGUCUUUUUGCUCGGAGGAUUGGGCACCGUGGCGAGUAUUCUACGCAUGACUGUCUUUUUCCAGGAGAAUGCCCUGACCGAUCCAACUUGGGCAUCGGUUAACCUAGGUAUCUGGACCGUUUUGGAAGGGGGUAUUAUCAUCAUCGCCGCGUGCCUGCCUUCGAUCUGGCCAUUGAUCGUACGAAUCCUGCCCAACCAGUUGAUGAGCAAGCAUUCAUCUAAAAAUCGGCAACCGCAACGGCAUCGACACACGACCAGUCAACCGAAGGCCAAAGGAGUCAUUGGAUUCACCCGAUUGGGCGACAGUGCCGAGACCGAUAAAACUCUAGACGUGGAUCCAUCAUCACUAGAAACUCAAAGCGUGCCUACGGAUGAUCAUCCAGAGAGCAUCUCUAUGCGGAGCGUGAAUAAGCAUCGAGGAGCAUAA